AUGGCCCAAAACUUUGAGGAGGUCGCCAAGCAGUUCGUCGAGUUCUACUACAACACCUUCGACUCUGAUCGCAAUGGUCUGGCUGCUCUUUACCGACCCAACUCUAUGCUCACAUUUGAGUCCGCUUCCGUUCUCGGCGCCCAGGCUAUCACUGAGAAGCUUGCCAGCCUUCCCUUCCAGAAGGUCAAGCACCAAGUCACUACUCUCGAUGCUCAGCCCUCCAACGACCAAGGUGGUGUCAUUAUCCUCAUCACUGGCGCUCUACUCGUCGACGAGGAGCAGAACCCCAUGAACUUCUCCCAGACCUUCCAGCUCCACCGCGAUGACCAAGGUCAAUACUUUGUUUACAACGAUCUUUUCAAGCUUGUUCUCGGUUAA